UCUAGUUAGGGCUUCUUCGAUGAGGAGCGUCUUGCUGGUUUGGGUGCUGGCCUUUGCGGCGCUCUCAAGAGCUUCAGGGAUUUUAGUAGUCAGGAACCUCUCUGAUAUUCCGCAAGACAGCUAUGGUCGUCCGGGAUUGUCUCACAUGACUGUAGCUGGGGCUGUUCAUCACGGCAUGAAAGAGUUGGAGGUUUGGCUGCAAACUUUUGCUCCUGGAUCUGGCACCCCAAUUCACCGUCAUGACUGUGAAGAGAUAUUUUUGGUGCUCAAGGGGAAAGGGACUUUGUUUCUGGCAGAACCGGGAUUGGAGUAUCCUGGUGAAGUCCUCCAGUUCCAUAUCUCUGGAAACAGCACUAUGACGAUUCCUGUAAAUUCAGUUCACCAGAUAAUCAAUACAAGCAAUGAGGAUUUACAGUUCUAUGUGAUAAUUUCAAGACCACCUAUACGAGUGUUUGUGUACCGCAGCUUUUUGGUACCACAUACUGAGGCUGUGACACAUUUUCCUUACCCUUGGGACUUAAAAACGUUAACUUCCUAAGCUGUUUUUCUUCAGAAUUUAUAGAAAUACAAAAUCUAACAUGUUUUAGUUC